CUUCAUGGUGUUUUGCCCAACUAUUCGCCCGGGAUAUUGUUCAAGAUUCCCCAGAGCGAUGAGGUGUCGGUCUCGACAAUCAAGCAUUAUCACUCUCAAGCGGGGGAAAAUGUCGCCCCUUAGGCCACUCAAUCUUAUCAACCAAAUCGACUCAUUUCCAUACGAGUUGGAUGUAGAGACAGUCACUCGCGUACGAAGAUGUUUCUACACAUUUGUAUUCGACGGAGAAACAGGCAGACAAGUGCCAGUCGGUUUUGUCCCAUCGAAGGUCCUCGACAUCUUGAUCAAGACGCCCGCCAGCAUCAGGGGAGAGAUUCGGGUUGAUCCUGUUGAGAGGACAGUCUCUGUGUUCAUGGGUAGCAACGAGGAGGCGCGGAGCGCAUUGGCUGCUCGGCUUGCUCAGUAUUGGAGAAGUCAAGAUGCAUUCCCAAUCCUACGAGGCUGGAGAGACGAACUUUGGCCUGUUUACGGCACGAAGGGCGAACUUCUCUUCAACCUUGAAAGGAGCGCCACGGGCCUUUUUGGCGUGGUGAGAUACGGUGUGCAUUUAAACGGCUUUGUACGCUGCGACAAUUCCAGCUUUGGGAUAAAAUUGUGGGUAGCUAGACGGUCCCCGACAAAGUCGACGUUUCCCGGCAUGCUGGAUAACAUUGCUGCUGGAGGACUGAUGUCUGGCGAGGAUCCGUUUGAAUGCAUUGUCCGGGAGGCAGAAGAAGAGGCCGAUUUGGCCGAAAGCUUCACUCGAGAGCGAAUCAAGGCAGUGGAAGGCGUUACGUAUAUUUAUGUCACCCAGGAGGAAGCCGGGGAGGCUGGUCUCAUCUAUCCUGAGGUCCAAUGGGUAUACGAUCUUGAGCUGCCCGAACACGUCUUGCCCAGGCCAAAGGAUGGAGAAGUGGCCGAGUUCAACCUAUGCACCGUGGAGGAAGUCCAGCAACAACUCAGCAAAGGGCAGUUUAAGCCCAACUGUGCAUUGGUCGUCGUUGACUUUUUCAUCCGCCAUGGCAUCAUUACGAGAGAUAUCGAGCCGAGUUUCGACGAAAUCAUGCGGCGCAUCCAUCGCAAGCUUCCGUUUCCAGGACCACACAAGCAUGAGUCAUUCUCCGUUCCUCGACAGGCGGGCAAGCGACUACAGUCUGGACUUGCGUGAAUCUGUGAAACGCAACUGAGGUUCCCAAGAAGAGGACUGGGCCGCCCUCUGACCGGAAGAUUUGAUGUUUCUAAACUCUCGGUUCAUUUCUUGACGAGCAAGUACGUGUAGUCGACUCGCAGAGGGGUCAGUUUCUUGUAUGGGCCUUCGAGAGACAUCAGAAGGCCGCCGAACGAGAUAUAUGCCUUG